AGGGCCGAAAAGUUGCGAUUGUCCAUAACCGCGCCUAGCUAUGUUUAGAAAUUGGUCACGUGAUACUGAUAGUUGAAAAGCUAGGUCGUGAAAUUGUGCAUUUAGGUCAGUUUUAUUUAAAGGACUAAUUACAGGUGAAAAGUUUUACUGAAUUUUCUACAGCGAGAUACAGAACAAAAGAACCAUGUCAUCGUUUCCAGUAGCCACACAACCUCAGAAAAUGGAGAUGACUGCAGCUCCAGGAGUGCCCGGGUUGCCACCAAGUCUACAAUAUAUGGCAGGACUAGAUCAAAUCAUCGUCAAACAAAAGUUUGAGGCUCUUGAAGUAUUGACUGGAUUUGAGACAAGAAAUAGAUAUGCCGUAUUAAACAAUCAAGGACAACAAAUAUUCUUUGUACAAGAAGAGUCUAGUUUGUGUGAGCGUUGCUUUUUCCCCCAGAAUAGAGGUUUCCAGCUCCAUAUGACUGACAACAAUUCUGUGGAAGUGAUGCAGUUCUCGAGAGAGUUCAAGUGUUGUACAGGAUGUUGCUGGUGUGGCGAGGGUUGUUGUAGCAUGACCAUCAAUGUUGAGUCUCCGGUAGGGCGUAUUAUCGGCAGAAUUAGGACUGGAAAUUCCAAAUGGAAGAAUCACGUACAGAUCUUUGAUGCUGCAGACAACCACAUGUUUACAAUCUGGGGGCCAUGUUGUCCUUUCCAGACUGUCUGCUGCCCAGAAGAUAUUGAUUUCCCGAUAACUGACCCAUCAUUACAAACACGUGUUGGGAAUAUUGCGAAGCAGUGGAGAGGAUGUUGUGCGGAAUCUUUCACUGAUGCCGACCAGUAUUGUUUGACAUUCCCACCUGACAUGACUGUUGACUGUAAGGCCUUGCUGUUAGGAUCUCUCUUCUUGGUCGAAUACCUUGUGUUUGAGAGACAGAAGAAGAACAAUUAAAUGGUAUCAUAGCAACCAACAAAACCAAACACAGCUAGUGUACUAGAUGACUUGUAAAUAUCAUGACCCGCAGUUCUUACGCUGCACCACAGUUGAACAAGUUUACAAAAAAAAUAUUUUAAAAACAAUGUUUUAAUUUCAUCUGUUCUUUUAUCAAAUGUUUUAUUAUCUUUGCUUUUAUCAACAUUACUAUAUUAGUAAAGUAACUUUAUAUUGUAUGAACUAUAUAUGUCAGCAUUGUAUAUUUUACAAGAAAAUGAAUUAUUGAAUUUUCAUGGUAUGAGAGGUAAUGUAUAUAUAUUAGAUGUUGGGGAUGAGAUGUAUCAUGUAGUGUAAAUAUGUUAGUUGUAAUUGAAAAAUAUGUUAGAGGGACUUUCAUGUUUCUUGUACAGCUGUGACACUGUGAUGAUAUUUGUGAACAUAAUUAAGUCAUAAUUGAUCUUAUAUGUUAUAAAAAAACUUUAAUAAUAGAAAUCCAGGUGGUCAGCUCUUUAUAGGUUUAAUAACUUUUAUUUUUUUUAUUUUUAAAUUUUAAGGAUCUCUGAACACAAGUGGUUGUAUAUUACAAGUGACUGUAUCUCACCACAAAUCAUUUCUUGAUUGACAUUAUCAUGGUCUCUCGUCAGUUUUAUAUUAAUAUUUUCUUACACUUUAUAUUACAAUAUGUAUCUUAUAUUGCAAGUAAUUCAAAUUUUUAAUGUGUCUUUUUUUUUUAACAGAUUUUACCAAAAUUAUUUUGAUAUCAAAACCAUGGAGUUAAAUAUAGAUGUAUUGUAUAUCUGUGUCAAAACUUAAUUACAUGUAUGUGGCUUAUAUUAAUGGAACUUGAAACUACAGCAAAGUUCUUGAAAGUACAGCAAAGUUUUGAAUGUACAGCAAAGUUUAUCAGUGUUAUGUUAAACCUGUUGUAUGUCCUUACAUAUCUAUAUUCUGUGAACAAUUUAUGCCUUUGAUUGAAACUUGGAUGUUCUUAAAUUGUGUAAUAUACAUGUAGUUAACAUUCAUGUAUCUAUGUUGUGAUUCCGUUUGAAAUCCAUUAUGCAACACAUCCAGUCUACCUCAUAUUAAUGUGAAUGGUGAUACACUGGGUAUAUCCAUUUUAAAAUGUAGGGGUGUAAAAUGAUUAAAUCAUUGAUCAAAUUUGACUACCUUAUUCCAAAUGAACUUUACUUCAUUUUCUCUAGUUACUGGCACUUGCUGUUCUAUUUGUUUAUAUUUCAGAUUUCCUUAUUUGCAUGUGAAUAUUUACAUUAUUUUAAGCAGUUAAUACCAGGUUUACCUUAAAUCUGAAUUAAACUAAUCCAAUGAUAAUUAUUCUUUUCUCCACAUAUAACCAACCACCCCUUCAGUGAUAAAAUGUGAAAUUCCAGACAAAAAAAUAGAUCUGAGUUUAUUAUUAUAAAUGUAACAAGUGUGAUAUUUCUAUGUUGACUUUUUGUGUUUUAUGCGUAAAAUUACCUGCAUACAUAAUUAUGUGUUCUUUUUAGACAGAACUUAUUCAUGUUUUUAUCUGGAUAUUAAUCUUGGUGUGUAAAUCAUACUUAUAUGUGAUAGCAAACUUUUUACCUGCUUCAUUUAUUAAAUGUGUUUUUUAUGUAAUAGAGGACUUUUUAUGAGUAUAAGUUAAAAUUUGAUGUAAUGACAUGCAGAGUAAGAAUAAGUUAGCUUUGUUUGUUAUGGUUACAUAUAUUUUACAUGGUUACAUGGAUUAUAUAUUACAUGGUUGCGGCAUACUAAUGUAAGUCAUUUACAUUUUAUGAUUUAUUAUUAUUUCUUAAUAAUCAGACAUUCACAGGUGACAUCUGAUCUGUACUUGAUUUGACCUUCACCUUAACAAAUUCUACAUUAAUUAAGUCUGCUGAAAUGAGAAAUGGCUAAUUUUAAUUGAUUGCAUGUAACAUGAAAUAUUUACAUAAACAAAUCAGUCUUAGACAAAAACAACCUAUCAAAAAUGGACAUUAUGGGAUGUCAUUGUAUAUAAAUUUUGUAUAUUUAUACCUAGGACAUUUUAGAUUUAAGAGAAAAUAAUGAAGAGGGUAGUAUAGUAAGUUGUUAGAUGACGAUGAAAUGGAGUUAAAAAACAUGUCUAUAUAUAGACUACAGCGUUCUAUUAUUUUACAUUGUUUAUGCUCAUACAGCGCUUACUUUGCUCAUAACAAGAAAAUUAUUUCAUAAAAUAUAAUUUUUUAAAAUGUUCAAAUUUCAUUUUAUAAAUAUAUAUAUAUAUUUUUUAAAUGUCCAAGUUGCCUUUUAUAUUGCAUAUUUUCAUAUACCUUUGUGAUAUAAAUGCAGACAGCCAGUAUUUUAAUAGUUUUGCCUUUGUUAUGGUGAUUUAAACAUUUAAUAUUAGACAAGUACAACUUAUGAAAUUUAUAUGGCAAUGGCCUACAUGUAUCAUGCAACUUUACAUUGUUAUCUUGACGCUCACAAAAUUGAAAAUCAUUUGACAUUCCCAAAAUGGUAGCUGGUCAACUCAACUCAAUUUCAGAAAUUUAGCAAGUAAUGGGUAAUUUUUUAAAAAAAAUUGACAUGGGAGGUAAAGCAUAUUUCAAUUAAAUUCACAUUAUGUCAGUAAUUACCAUUUUUGAUUUAAAAUAUGCUAAACACAUCUAUAUAGUAUAAAACACAUGUGCACCAUACUUAAGUUUUAUUUAUCAUAUUUAGCUGCUAUUUUAAAUACACAUUAAAUAUACACAUUAUAUUAUCUACACAUUAUGCUUACUUUUAUUUUAUUUAUUUACACAGCGCAUAUAAGACAUGUUUUAAAUCAAAAGGUAUCUUUUAUCUGUUUGGGCGGCCUAUUUACUACACAAUUUUUAUAUUCAGUUUUAUUUUUUUACACAUAAAGUAUUUUUAUUUGAAGAAUGAUUUCUUGUCUCUCUAUAUAACCAAUUGGGAUCAUGAAUUAUGUUCUCUGUUUUCUCAAGCAUGCAUGCGUACAUGAAUUUUGAAUUUUAAAAUGAAUUUUAAAAAAAAAUUACCUGAAACAUUUCUGUGUUAUAUUAUCAAAUCAUUUCUAGAGCAAGUACUGUAAAUAUUUUUAUAUAUUUUAUAAGCAAGAGAGAGUAGAAACUUUCUUUAAAAAAAAAAAAAAAUUAAACAGUUAGUUUUACAUCAUUUACUAACUUACUUCGUUAGCCAGUCAUAUUUUAUGUUUUCUCUUAUUUUUGUAUUCAUUCUUACUUUGUCGAACGUAGAAUUAUAUGUUUGAGCAGUAGUUGUAUACACAUUAUUCUUUUAUCUUAUUUCUACAGAAAUAAAAGUGAACAAAUUUC